AUGGGAGUCCUCAGCACCAUACCAAACCUUGUGUUAGGUGAGUGGCAGUGGCAUAACAAACACAGUUGGUUCCGGUGGUGCUGUUGGUGGCGUAGGUGGUGGUGGGAGCAGUACUGUUGGUGGCGGUGUAGCGCCUGGCAGCACAGCCGGUCUGGCCCCAGGUCAGGUUACCUACUUGACUUCUGCGGUGCCAGGUGGAGGAGGAACCCCGGGCUUGACCCUGCGACAAGUACAUCAGGUCUUGAACCACUUACAGGUGCAAGGCAAGACGGGAGGGGGCACAGUGGGAGGGGGAGGUGGUGGCUUGUCCCUGAAGCUGCUAGGUUCAGGCCAAGCGGGGGUGGCGGGGGCCAGAUCAACCUUUGUGCUACAGCAAGAGAAGGAGCCUUCCUGACCUCCUGGGGCAGGGGGUCAGCCCUCUUCAACCCUGCCCAUAAACCUCUCGUCAGGGGGAACGGAAGGCUUUCAAGGGGCUACCGCCGCCACAGCACCUGCCCCGCCCUUGCCUCAGGUGGCCACUGUGGCCUUGCCCUUCUGGAGCAACCGGCCCGUCUGCCACAAUAAUAACAACAACAACAACACGAACAACAACAACUACGUGAAGGUGCGACCAGCAGGUGUGUGGCCCCCAAGCAGUGGCGGCUCUGUGCGUGUGUCACAGGUUGAGCCCCCAGCCGAGCCCACCCUGGCCUUGGGCGGUGGGGGCGGGGGCCCUAGCAUGGCCAUGGCCGGCACCCUCACGGACCUCGGGGACGUGAUGCCCCCACCCCCCGUGGCCACGUCCAACGCUCAGGUUUUGGUAGCCAAUGAGGCCCCACUCUUGGCCCAAGACAGACCCUUGUACAACAGCGGCACAAAGAGCCCAUCCCUGUUAUGUGUAGUCCUGGACGACUGAGGGGCCACGUUUUGGUUGUUCUGUAAUGUUAAUUACAUCAUUUGUUAUAGAUAGGCAAGUGUUGCUCCAGCGUGCAGUGAUAUUGUGAGACAAUAUCUGUUCUUGUGUGAUAUGUAGCUCUUCACUAGUGAGCACUAGUGAGCCAUGACAAACAGACAAACAAACAAAAAAAAUAACAAAAAAACCAAGACGAGCAGAGGCAAUAGUGCAGUUACAUAGCAGGCCCUCCUAUACGCUUAACCUUUGUCUCUUGUGUGAUACAAGUGCAUGCUGAAGAGACUUUUUUGUAUUUAUCUGUGAUGUUUUUGUACGCUGGUGAGCCUUGGCAGCCGGGCUGGGCUGGAAGGGGCAGGGCGGUGGGGAUGUUGACGCGCGGCAGGUGAGAGUGGGAGAGCCGGCCGUCACCGCGCAGCUGCAGCUCAGGCGUUGGUGGUGCUCGCCCCAACACUCUUUCGUGAGGUUUGCACUUGGAAAAAAAAAGUUUUUUUAAUUUUUUUUUUUCAAGUACUUGUGGUUUCUGUCUUUUUUUUUAUAUAUCUCAAAGCCACCCGAUGUAAUAUAAUAUUCUAGUCUUUGUUGAUACUUGUUUACACACUCUCACUCUCUUUGUAUUGAUGUUCCCUUUCUUCUUUUUGUUUUUAUUUUUUAUUUCUCAUUUUUUCCAUACACACUGCCAUCCUCGCCAUCCAGUGUUUCCUACUUAAAUACUUGUUAUAAAGUGUUGAUGGUGGUCUGCACACAAACAUUCCCUUCUUAGGCAGUGCACUGCCACUUCUGUCUCACCACAAACUCUCUGUAACUUUGUAAUUUUAGUUCCCUUCCCCCUUCCCUCCUCCCCUCCCCCCCAUUAAAAAGAAUCCUUCAUCUCUUCAUAAUACUUACCUCUACUCCUCUUAUUUCUCCCUUUUACCCUUCCCUUUCAUCCUUCCCCUUUCCUCCUUCCCCUUUCCUCCCUCAGCACUUGAAUUUUCAUUCACUGUCCACCUUUCUCUCUACCCCUCAACACUGUUUGUGCAAUGUCAUAUAAUCCACUUUGUGCAUGGUCUGAUCAGUCAUUGUGUGUGUCUCUUGCUCUCACACUCACUCCUCCUCUUGUAACUGUGCAACUUCGAACAAAAAAAAGGAAAAAAAAAAAGCAGAGCAAGCAUUAUUCUGGAAUGGUCACUUUCAUUUAUGUCUUGUUGAAAAUUACUCGUAAUUCAGCUGACCCACACCCAGAAAUCAGUCGUCACGCCUUGGAAAUUAUUACCGAAGAAUAGUGCUUGCUGUACCUCCCUGUUGUUGAUGAUUUGGGGGCUGUUCAUAUGUCCCAAGCACCUAAUCAUUCAGUACUCCUAUGUCCUUUUCUUAUUGCACAUGUUGUAGUAUGGUGUGAGUAGUAUCUACAGAGACAGGUGUAAUCAUUCCAGACAAUGGUACAUUAAAUAUUAAUUUGAGACAUUCAGCUGGUGCAAUGUAGGGGUAGCAGGAAACAGCAUCCAAGAGCAUCUGACAGAUCUGUUGGGAAACGGUCCUCUCUCUGCAUAGGUAUCAUUAUUAUUGUUGUUCUAUUGGUAACUUGAUAUAUGAAAUAGUAGUAUAGAAUAUUUUGAAGUUUUUGAGUAGUGCUCUAUUUUUUUUAUUAUUUUUAUUAUCCUUUUUUUUUUUAUCUAUCUGCUUAUAAAGGAGUGUUAGUAGCAUUUCCUUUCAUACAGAGUUCCUAUUUAUUUUUGAAGAAAAUCAAAAUCAAAAUGAAAGUGUAAAGUAGUGGAGAAGUCGUUUCGAGUCAAUUUCAUAGGAUGCUUUCGGUGCUCCAGAAUCUUGUGUAACCCCAAAUUUAACUGUUAUAUAUUCUUUCUAUCUCUUUUUUUUUACAUUCUCAUUUUUUCUUAUUUUCAGUUGUUUUUUCCUACUUGUUUUGAUUUUCUGUCUGUUUAUUUUUUACAAUAAUAAGUCUUUGUUGUUGCAAAUUUUGUUUUCUACAACCCCCUCUCUCUUUUUUUUUUUCCUCUUUCUUCAACUUUCGUCUAAUUUCUUUUUCGUGAAAUGCAAAUUGUAUAACUUAUAAUCGUUAUUGUCUCCAUUCUCCUCCUUGAUAUGUGUAUAUUUAUAUUUUUGUGUGUGUUUUACUAUUUAGUUUCUCUUUGUUUCCAUUUUGUUUACCUUUUUUUUUUUCUUUAAUUUUCUUCUCUUUUUCGUUAUUUCUUAUCUGGCUUCCCUUGCUCUUUUUUUCUCCCCCAUAUUGUUAGGCUCAGGGACCAAAGUUAGACGACAUUUGUUUGCUGGACUAUUACUGAUACGACAAAUGCCCUUCAUUUCUGUAAUGACGAUGACUAUGAUGAGGAUUGCACUAAAACCACUUUGCAUCUGUUUUUCAUUAUUGUUUUUGUUAUUGUUAAAGUUAUUAUUAUUAUUAUUAUUAUUAUCAUUAUCAUUAUUAUUAUUGUUAUUAUCAUUAUUUAUUGUUAUUAUU